AGAACAAAAACUAGCCCGAUUAAAAUCCCAAUUAGCCCAAAAACAACAGCAAAUCCAACAACAAUACAAUCUCCAAGACCUUAAUUUAAUUUCUACGGCUGAUUUGGCUAAUAGUCCAGCCAUUCACUCUUUUUUUACUAAUUUACUAACUACUUAUGCGGAAAAAUUUGCGAGAAGUAAAGGUCUCAAUACUUCCCAACUACCAUUAAAAUUUGCGGGUUUUUAUUACGAGCCAGAAGCCGACCGAAAGUUAGGAACCGGCCAGGGAUUAGGAAUAAUGGGUCGACACGACAAAUACUUUACUAGCAAACCCACUUAUGGAGAAUAUUAUUUUAUAGACAUAAGUUUUAAAAAAAUGAUUGAAACUUGUUCGCAUGAAAUCGCUCAUUAUAUCCAAUUAGUAAAACAUAAUAAAAGUAGUUGUGAGAGUGAUUUGGUGAUUAAUAAGGAGAAUUAUGAUGGGGAAUUGGCGAGAGAGCAUGAGGA